UUUCUCUCUUAAACUCAUUCUCUUGGAUCCAAAUCUUUCGCCAUCGACAAAGGAGACAAUUCCAAAGAAGAAGAAGCAAAAGAAAAGAAAAAAAAUUUCAGUUCCCCAAAUUAUAAAAUCGGGAGGAGAGAACAAAAAAAAUCUCCGUUUUUCGUUUGCAAGAUUUGAAAAUUUUGAAAAGUUUUUUGCUUUUAUUUCUGGACUUGUUUUGUCUUUCUCUGAGCUGUUUGAUUUCGAAAUGGUGCUCUUGAGAUUUUGAUCUGUGUGAUGCGAGAGGUUCUUGAUGGGUCUCUGUACUUCGAAAUCUCACCCUAGUCCGAAUUCUCCAAAUUCCGACCGAAUUCCGGCCGGGAAUAGUCCUCUUCCGGCGUCAGAAUCCGUCAAGCCUCCUCCUUCUUCAAGCUCCUCCGUCAAUGGAGCAAACCCUGACGGCGACGGCGAUCAGUGUGUAGCAAACAAUGAAGGGAAAAAGUCGCCGUUUUUCCCCUUUUACAGUCCGAGUCCUGCUCACUACUUCUUCUCCAAGAAGACUCCGGCGAGAUCUCCGGCGACUAAUAACGCCAGCGGAAACUCUACGCCGAAGCGAUUCUUCAAACGGCCGUUUCCUCCUCCGUCUCCGGCUAAACACAUCAGAGCUGUCCUCGCGAGACGGCACGGCUCCGUGAAGCCGAAUUCGGCGGCGAUUCCUGAAGGUAGCGAAGCGGAAGGAGGCGGAGUGGGUUUGGAUAAAAGCUUCGGAUUCUCAAAGAGUUUCUCGAGCAAGUACGAGCUCGGUGAUGAAGUUGGUCGUGGCCAUUUUGGAUACACUUGUGCUGCUAAGUUUAAGAAGGGUGAUAACAAAGGACAACAAGUCGCUGUUAAGGUUAUUCCCAAAGCAAAGAUGACGACGGCUAUUGCCAUUGAAGAUGUGAGGAGGGAAGUGAAGAUAUUGAGAGCUUUGUCUGGUCAUAAUAACCUUCCUCAUUUCUAUGAUGCAUACGAGGAUCAUGAUAAUGUCUAUAUAGUGAUGGAGCUAUGUGAAGGAGGAGAGCUUUUGGAUAGAAUACUCUCAAGAGGUGGGAAGUACACGGAGGAGGAUGCAAAGACUGUUAUGAUUCAAAUAUUGAAUGUGGUUGCCUUUUGUCAUCUCCAAGGUGUUGUACACCGAGAUCUCAAACCCGAGAAUUUCCUUUUCACCUCAAAAGAAGACACCUCUCAAUUGAAGGCAAUAGAUUUCGGUUUGUCAGAUUACGUGAGACCAGGUAAAGCCCUCAGAUUAUACACCAUAUGUAUAUUUAUAUUCAAGAAUCAAGACACCAACAUUUAUUUAUAUACUUUUACAACUCCAUUUGCAGAUGAGAGGCUCAAUGAUAUUGUUGGCAGUGCAUACUAUGUAGCACCUGAAGUUCUACACAGGUCUUACAGUACAGAAGCCGAUAUUUGGAGUGUUGGUGUGAUUGUUUAUAUUCUACUGUGUGGAAGCAGACCGUUUUGGGCUAGAACGGAAUCAGGAAUCUUUCGUGCUGUUCUAAAAGCAGAUCCGAGUUUUGACGACCCUCCAUGGCCUUUGUUAUCUUCAGAGGCGAGAGAUUUCGUGAAGCGGCUGCUAAACAAAGACCCGCGUAAAAGAUUAACAGCUGCUCAAGCAUUAAGUCAUCCAUGGAUAAAGGAUUCAAAUGACGCCAAGGUUCCAUUGGAUAUUCUGGUUUUCAAACUUAUGAGAGCUUAUUUACGAUCAUCGUCUCUCCGUAAAGCUGCAUUAAGAGCCUUGUCAAAAACACUCACGGUUGAUGAACUGUUUUAUCUAAGGGAGCAGUUUGCUUUACUAGAACCUAGCAAGAACGGAACGAUAAGCCUAGAAAACAUCAAAUCGGCUCUGAUGAAAAUGGCUACAGACGCGAUGAAGGAUUCACGUAUACCUGAAUUCUUAGCACAACUGAGUGCUCUUCAAUAUAGAAGAAUGGACUUUGAAGAGUUUUGUGCAGCAGCAUUGAGUGUUCACCAGCUAGAAGCUCUUGACCGAUGGGAACAACACGCUCGUUGUGCUUAUGAGCUUUUCGAAAAGGAAGGAAACAGACCCAUCAUGAUCGAUGAACUCGCUUCGGAACUUGGUCUUGGUCCAUCUGUACCGGUUCAUGCAGUGCUUCACGAUUGGCUUAGGCAUACCGAUGGGAAGCUUAGUUUUCUGGGGUUUGUGAAGUUGUUACAUGGUGUGUCUAGCCGCACUAUUAAAGCUCAUUAGAAGGGUUUUAGACUUUUAGAGAGAUUUGUCUGAGAUCUCUUCUCUCCCAAGAGCUUUGGAUCUUUUGGGUUUAUAGUAUGGCUUUGGCUUUUGUAAUGAAAGCUGAGAAGAAAAAAGCAAAACAAAAAAAAGAGUGUAGCCAAAAAGAGAAGUUUGUGUGUGUUAGUUUGUAGAGGAUGAGGGUAUUUUCCAAAUUUGAU